AUGCUGAGGAUUAAGAGGGUUCCUACUAUUCUUUCCAACUACCAGAAGGAGGGGGUCGAGGAAGGCGGUGCAGCCCGUGGUUGCGGCCGUAAUUGCCUCAGAAACUGUUGUCUAACAGGGGCUAAGCUACCUUUGUAUGCUUUUCCAAAAUCCAACAAGGUUGAUUUAUGCCUCAAUAAUGAGGUCCCUUUUGCCUUCUUGGACUCCCUUCUUCUAGGAGAGUGGGAGGAUCGAAUGGAGAGGGGCCUUUUUCGCUAUGAUGUUACUGCUUGCGCCACUAAGGUGAUUCCAGGUGAACUCGGUUUUGUGGCUCAGCUGAAUGAAGGUCGGCACCUUAAGAAGCGUCCCACUGAGUUCCGAGUUGACAAGGUGCUACAGCCUUUUGAUGAGAACAAGUUCAACUUUACGAAAGUUGGACAGGAGGAAGUGCUAUUUCAGUUUGAAGCAAGUGAAGAUGGUGAAGUCCAGUUCCAUCCAAAUGCUCCAAUUAAUGUAGACGGUUCACCGAGUGUAGUUGCCAUUAAUGUUAGCCCCAUUGAAUAUGGGCAUGUGCUUCUGAUACCUCGAAUUCUUGAGCACCUACCUCAAAGGAUCGACCAUGAGAGCUUAUUACUUGCACUGUACAUGGCACGUGAGGCUGGAAAUCAAUACUUUCGUCUUGGCUACAACAGCUUGGGUGCUUUUGCUACCAUCAAUCACCUUCAUUUCCAGGCUUACUACUUGGGUGUGCCAUUUCCAAUUGAGAAAGCUCCCACUAGAAAGAUUACAGACUUCAAUGGCAAUGGCAAUGGUGGGGUUGUAAUUUCUGAGAUUCUCAACUAUCCUGUUAGAGGUCUUGUGUAUGAGGGUGGAAGUGGAAGUUCUCUUGAAGAUUUAUCAAAUGCUGUGGCUGAUUCAUGCAUAUGUCUUCAAGACAACAAUAUACCUUACAAUGUGCUCAUUUCAGAUUCUGGAAGACGCAUCUUUGUCCUUCCUCAGUGUUAUGCUGAGAAGCAGGCUCUUGGGGAAGUGAGUGGUGAGCUGCUGGAUACACAGGUGAAUCCAGCGGUGUGGGAAAUCAGUGGACACAUGGUGUUGAAGAGGAAGGAGGACUAUGAAGGGGCAUCUGAGGAAAAGGCUUGGAGACUUCUUGCUGAGGUGUCAUUGUCUGAAGAAAGGUUCCAGGAAGUGGUGGCCAUUAUAUUUGAGGUCAUUUCUGUUACAGAGAAGAUGUUGACUGAAGAUGAACAAGAUGUUGACCAAGUCGAUGGUGGGCCCCGUGAAGCAGCCAUGGUGCCUGGGAAACAAGAAUGCCUAGUUCAGUACUAGGUAUGUAUGCUCUGCUCUGCUCUCUUGUUAUAUAUAUAUAUAUAUAUAUAGUUAAGUUAUUUGGGAAGUUUUUCGUGGUUUUGGUGUGGCUGUGUUGACCACGAGACUUGACCAUUAAAUAAAGCAGUGUGUGUGUGUGGGAUUGUAGUGUUUGCAAAAUGACUUGAGGAUAUUUGAUUGUGAUUGUGUUGCAUGUAAAUAUUUCAGUGUGCUGUUGCUCUAUGAGAGCUAAUUAAUGGCUGUUGCCACGUAAUGUAUUUGUUGGUUAUUAUUAUUAAUCAAAUCUUGUGCUACCUUAUAUUUAUCAACUUCCAACACUAGUUUAACGGGUGUUUGGCAAAAAAAAAAAACCUAUUAGCUUAUUAGUGGUUCCUAAGUGCUAUAAGCUAAAAAUAUAUUUGGAUAAAAAUAGCUUAU